CGGGGGGUUUCCAUGGUGACGGCAAACAAGGAGCACGCUGGAGGGGCGGCCGCCGGACUCGAACCCGCGUCGCCGCCAUGAUCCCCCCUGCGGACUCUCUGCUCAAGUACGACACCCCGGUGCUGGUGAGCCGGAACACGGAGAAGCGGAGCCCCAAGGCACGGCCACUGAAGGUCAGCCCCCAGCAGCCCGGACCCUCCGGUCCAGUCCCACAGCCACCAAAGACCAAGCUCCCCUCCACUUCUGGGGUCCCCGAUCCUACAAAGCAGGCAGAAGAAAUCUUGAAUUCCAUCCUACCCCCAAGGGAGUGGGUGGAGGACACCCAGCUAUGGAUCCAGCAGGUGUCCAGCACCCCCAGCACCAGGAUGGAUGUGGUGCACCUGCAGGAGCAGCUGGACCUGAAGCUGCAGCAGCGGCAGGCCAGGGAGACCGGCAUCUGCCCCGUACGCAGGGAGCUCUACUCACAGUGUUUCGAUGAGCUGAUCCGGGAGGUCACCAUCAACUGUGCCGAGAGGGGACUGCUGUUGCUGCGAGUCCGGGACGAGAUCCGCAUGACCAUUGCUGCCUACCAGACCUUGUAUGAGAGCAGCGUGGCAUUUGGCAUGAGGAAGGCGCUGCAGGCCGAGCAGGGGAAGUCAGACAUGGAGAGGAAAAUUGCAGAACUGGAAACAGAAAAGAGAGAUCUGGAGAGGCAAGUGAACGAGCAGAAGGCCAAGUGUGAGGCCACCGAGAAGCGGGAGAUCGAGAGGAGACAGGUGGAGGAGAAGAAGCACAAUGAGGAGAUUCAGUUCCUUAAGCGGACGAAUCAGCAGCUGAAGGCCCAACUGGAAGGCAUUAUUGCACCAAAGAAGUGAUCGUUUCCACAUGGGUCUCAGCAAGCACUGCUACCCCAUCCUAAGCCCGUUGUAAUAAAAAAAUAGCUAGCUUCCUGAGUGAA